AUUGGCCCUAAUUUCUUCACAGACACAGACCCAACACGCUGAUACUCUCUCUCUCUCUCUCUCUUUCUCUCUUUCUCUCUCUACCCUACCCUACCCUACCCUACCCUACCGUCCGACGGUAACCUCCGGCCGACGAUCUACACUGAACGACCGACGAUCUACACGUCUGAACGACGAUUUGCUUGCACUGAACGACGAUCGAUCUACUACACUGAUACAUAUGCUAAUGUGUACUUGGAUAUUGAUAUCAAAAGAGCUGCUUUGAAAACUUCUCCUCACAGACAGAUUAGAUGUGGUGUUUGAAGCAAAAUAUUCUCUAUUUCAUGAAUGAGUUCCGGUUGCGUCCAUAUACAAUUUGGUAUUACUUUUUUCUUGGGUACUUGAAAGGAUGUCAGGAGACAACGACGCUCAAAUGGAAGCAAGGUUGGGGCUUGAAAUCUAGUGAAUAUGCUACUCCUUACAACUGCAAGACCAAGGUGGCCUCCAUUGAUUCUAUUUUCCUUACGAUUAAUCAUGGGUGUUACUUCUACGGAAUAAUAUGGGACAAGGUUGGGAAAUUGGUAGAGGUGGUUGUGAUAAGAGAAAAAGGCGAUGCCCCUUUGAAUCUAACCAUGGUUGUUGUUCAUACUAGUCCCCAUAAAUUUAACAGAGAAGUUUAGGUAAUCAAAUGGUUGUCACCGUUACCGUCAAAAUAUUGGUGCCAAAGGUUUUUCAAGAUUUUGAAGGUGGGAUUUGGGAAAGAUGGAUGGGUGGUGAUGGAGGUAGGUGCUCUCAUAAAUCUUAAUUUGUGUAUAGAUUUAGGCCAAGUUUGGGAAGACUAAAAAAGUGCACUUUUUGUCUUUUUGGACUAAAAAAUUGAGGUUGAAAAUAUG